AGUGAAUAGACAGGUUAUAUUGCAAAAUGGAGCUGGAUGAAUUAAUUUUAGCAAGUAUCUCCGUUAUUACAUUGCACCACCAAUUAAUAUUAGUCUGGAAACGACGAAAACAGAGACAAGAAAAUCGUAGAAGAAAAGGAUGGUGGAUUCGUCUAAUAAAUCUAUCUAAAAUUCAACAAGGUUAUCAGUCAAAUCUUGUGAGAGAAAUGGAAACGGAAGAUCAUGAGGCUUUUUUUCAAAAUUUCCGAAUGUGGCCAGAACAUUUUAAUUGGUUGCUUAAUCAAGUGCAAGAUAAAUUGCAAAAGCGAAGCAGGAGAGCUUCAUUGGAUCCCAAACUGCGUUUACAGGUGACACUCUUAUAUCUAGCACAAGGAGAUUCUGUUUUGAGUAAACACACAGAGUUUCGCAUAGGGAGAUCAACAGUGUACGCAAUAAUUCCUGAGACCUGUAAAGCAAUUUGGGAAGCACUACAACCAAUUUUUCUCCCAACUAUGGAUAGAAAUUCAUGGAAUAGAGUAGCAGAGGGAUUCAUGGAUAGAUGGCAAUUCCCUAAUUGCGUCGGUGCCAUUGACGGGAAGCAUAUUCGCAUCAAAGCUCCUCCUAUGUCCGGAUCCGAAUAUUAUAAUUAUAAAGGAUUCUUUAGCUUGGUACUUAUGGCUGCUUGCGAUGCAGAAUAUAAGUUUACAUGGGUAGAUAUUGGGCAGUAUGGUUCAUUAAGUGAUGGUAGUAUCUGGAGAAAUACAAAUUUCAUGCAAGCUCUCGAAGAUGGAACAGCUGAUUUGCCACCAUCUAUUCCGCUUCCUGGUACAAAUGUUCCAUUCCCAUAUGUUUUUGUCGGAGAUGAAGCGUUUCCACUUUCUACAUAUAUGAUGAGACCGUUUCCUAGAAGAAACGUUAAUAUGUCUAAUAAUGAACGUAUUUUCAACUACCGAUUAUCUAGAGCGAGAAGAGUAAUCGAAAACACGUUUGGCAUCAUGACGACAAAAUGGCAAAUUUUAAGUACAUGCAUAAGCUGCUCUCCAAAAAAUGCAGAACUAAUAACAAAAGCCUUAGUCUGUUUACAUAAUUUUAUGAUGACCUGUGGACGUUCUCAAUAUUGCCCUCAAGAACUUAUAAAUAAUAAUGGCGAAGUUGAAAGAGAAACAUGGAGAGUACAAGCCAAUGAAACUAUUUUUCAUCGUCUGGGCAGAACAGGAGCAAACAGAAGUACACGUAUUGUACAGGGCAUGAGAAAUUAUCUAAUGCAAUACUUUACCUACGAAAUUGGUCAGGAACAGGCACCAUGGCAAAAUGAAAUGGCGCUCCAUGAACGCUCCAUAAAUGCUUAAUAAGUGUACAAAUAU